AUGGCCGAUAUCUCAGACUCAGAAUCCAUCUCUUCUUAUGCCAAACUGCCAAUAGAAAUGAGAUCAGAAGAAGUGGUCCCUUUCAAGACUUGUACAGUCGCUGGUGAUAAUGGUGAAUACGUCGUUAUUGGUGAACAUAAAUACUUUAGACAUGAGUUAAUGCAAGCCUUUGGUGGUACUUUUAACCCAGGUUUAACUCCAUAUCCGAAAAGACAAUUCGGUAAUGCUGCUGCUAUUGGUUUAGUUGCAACCCAUAUGAAUAUUUUCGUUUUAGGUCUUUAUUUUAUUGGUGUUGGUGGUAUCACAGCUCCAAACAUGGCCGUUGGAUUGUUUAUAUUCAUGGGAGGUUUAACUCAAUUUUUAGCAGGUGUUAUGUGUUUGAUUGCUGGUAGUGAUUUUGGUGCUCUUGCUUUCACUAGUUAUGGAGCAUUCUGGUUAAGUUUUGGUGUUAUAUUUAUUCCUGGUUUCGGUAUUCAAGCCGCCUAUGCAGAGGAUCCACAACAAUUAAACACGGCUAUUGGAUUAGUUUCAGUUGGAUGGGCAAUUUUCACCUUUGGGGUCUUGAUGUGUGUCAUUAAGGCUACUUUAUCUUUCUUCUGGACCGUUUUAACUUUGGAAUUAACUAUUAUUUUAUUAGCAGCUGGAUUCUUAUCUGGUAGUCCUCAUGUCAUGAAAGCUGGUGGUGCCAUGGGUGUCAUCAACGCUGCUGCCGGAUGGUUUGAAGCAUUUGCUGGUAUUGCCACUAGACAAAAUUCAUACUUAGUACCAAAGGAAAUUCCACUUCAAAAGAUCUAUGCCAUGUUCUCAAGAAAGAAGUAA